AUGCUAAGAUUUAAAACCACACCCUAUGAUUUAGCUAAUCAGGGUACUAUGCCAAGAUCCCAAACCACACCCUAUGAUCUAGCUUAUCAGGGUACUAUGCCAAGAUUUGAAACCACACCCAAUGAUCUAUCUAAUCAGGGGUACUAUGUCAAGAUUUCAAAUUACACCAAUGAUCUAGCUAAUCAGGGUACUAUGCCAAGAUCCCAAACCACACCCUAUGAUCGAGUUAAUCAGGGUACUAUGCCAAGAUCCCAAACCACACCUUAUGAUUUAUCUAAUCAAGAUACUAUGCCAAGAUCCCAAACCACACCCAAUGAUCUAGCUAGUCAGGGUACUAUGCCAAGAUCCCAAACCACACCUUAUGAUCUAUCUAAUCAAGAUACUAUGCCAAGAUCCCAAACCACACCCAAUGAUCUAGCUAAUCUGGGUGAAAAGAAGCAUCGAUGUGAGGUUUGUGGAAAACAGUUUGGUAGAAUUGGUCAUUAUAAGGACCACCUGAGGAUUCAUACUGGUGAGAAACCAUUCAAGUGUAAUGUGUGUAGUAAAGCCUUCUCACAGCGUUCUGGAAUGAAGUACCAUAUGGUGAAAGAACAUGACUGCUCUUCUUCUGAUGAUCACAAAAUUUCAUCGUUUUAUGCCUCCGGAAAUCAAAAUAUGAUGGCUGAUGCAGUUGCCAUGGAUAUCAAGGAUGAGUCAGCUGUCAGUUCUCCAUCAAUGAGUGUAUCAUCGUCUUCAUUAGACAAUUCUGUGAGUAAAGAUGAAGAAAGUGAGAAUGAGGAUGAAGAUUUGGAGGAUGAUGAUAAUAGUGACAACGAAGAGUCUAAUGAUGUGAUUAAUGGCAAAGAGGAUAAAACACCACAAAAGAAAUCAAAUAGAAAAGUAGAUGAGCAUAACUCUUUACUCAAGCAGGUUCUCUUGGAGCCGAUGCCAAAAUACAAUGUUAAUCCCAUUUCCACUAAUGGGGGUGAAACUACCGCUACUCGAUGCAAAGAAACAAGCGACCGAACAAUCAGUGAUUCAAAUGUCGACAGUCAUUCCAUUUAUUUAAGUGAAGAAAUUUCAAAAGAUUUUGGGGAAAUGAAUUUCCCAUCACCAGUUAAUGAUGCUCCCAUGGUGCAUCCUGUUCUCCAGGAAUAUACCACUUUUUAG